AGCAACGGCCUUAUAAAAGCGGGUAGUUUCGAGCCGAGCGGCCAGUUAUUAACAGACAGUGAACGUUGCUGGACGUUUGUGAAAAUCUAAACUGUGAAUCAUCUUUGUUCGAGCACUCACACACAUACACACACCUACCAGGAUGAAGACGAGUGUGUUUCUGUUAUCGGCGCUUCUGGUGGCAGCAGUCCACGCCUACCCCGUGGGAGAAGCCGACAAGACCGCCCCUCAACCGGUUGUCCCUCUCAUCCUCACCGACUACUCCACGGUGGCCAAAGCCGCCGACGAAGCCAAACCCGAGGAACCCAAGCCCACCGUCCCCGUAGCAGCCGUUCCCGAGAAGGUUGUCGCCGAAGAAGAGAAGAAGGAAGUCGUGCCCGAGGUUCCCAAGGUCGCCGCUGAGGUCCCCGAGGUCCCCAAGGUCGCCGAGGAGAUCGUCAAACCAGUUGAAGAUGCAGUAAAACCUGAGGCGGUUGUUCCAGAGGUCCCUGCCGCCGCUCCAGUCGAACCGGUCAAGGAAGAGAUGAAAUCCGAGGCUAGUGUUGUUGAGGAGAAAAAAGCCGAGGCACCAAAGUCUGAGGUUGUUGAAGACGCUAAGAAGAUCCCUGAGGUGGCCAAGGAGGUUGCUAAGAUCGUUGAGGCUCCCAAAGUUGAGGCACCAUCUGCCGAUGCCCCAGUCGCCCCCGUCACUGAAGACAAAACUAAGAUCCCCGUCGAGGAAGUGAAGAAGGAGGAUGUUGUAGCUCCAGUUGUCGAUGAAGCGAAAGCCAUUGAACCAGUCAAGGUCGACGAAGUCAAGAAGGAUUCCUCAGAAGAGUCAAAGGAGGAUGUGAAACCUGUUGAGGCUGUGAAGAGCGAGGAGAAGUCAGCAUCAUCAUCUGAGGAGAAGUCAUCCGAGGAGAUGAAGGAGACACCCAAGGAGGAGGAGAAGAAGAAGGUGGAGGAGGAGAAGAAGGUCGAGGAGGUGAAGAAGGAGGAAGUCAAACCUGAGGUGCCCGCUCCCGUUGUUGAGGAGGAGAAGAAGAAGGUCGAGGAGGAGGUGAAGAAGGAGGAAGUUGUCGCCGCCGAGAAGAAGCCAGAAAGCAGUAGCAGGAGACGUCGUGAAGCUAAGGACAGCGAGGAGAAGAAGCCCACCGAUGUUGUGAAGAAGGACGAGAAAACAAAGAAGCCCAAGACUGAAGCUGUGGCGGCACCCGCUCCAGUUGUCGAGGAGAAGCCACAGAUUGUCGACGAGCAGAAGAAACUGGAAUCUGCCGAGUCAGUCGAAUCAUCCGAAGAGAAGAAGGUGGUCGCUGAAGAGGAGAAGAAGCCAGUCGCUGAGGAGAAGAAGCCAGAGGAGGUGAAGAUGCCCGCUGAGGAGGUCAAAACACCUGAGGAAGUCAAGAAGCCUGAGGAGGUCAAAGUUGAGGAGGUAAAGACUGAGGAGAAGAAGGAGGAAGCCUCUCCCGUUCCCGCUGUGCCCGUUCCAGCAAGUACGUAAGGAGCAGAACAAAAAACAAAUUUUCUGCUCAGACAAUUUACUCGCGUUGUGUCCACAACAACCGUCUCUAUUUUACAAGGAUAAAUCCAUACUGUAAAUUUCUGAGACGGGCGCCUAGGGGUCACCAGAACCCUGUCCCCACAAUUUCUUCAACGAGUGAAGUUCCCCUCCUACGCUAUUAGGCUACAAUUUUACUAUUUAUCUCCCCACCUACAAAGACUAUAGCUCUACUAGCGAGGAUGGGAACCAAGCCUGGUAGCCUCGUUUCGCUCGCCCACCACUAAGGAAUCUCCCAGUGUUGUGUGCUAUCCAAUCUCUAUCACGUGAUUCGUCGAUUUAAAUUAUUCGAUUCAAAAACUGUGACACUUCUCUCAAAAGAACUGUGACUCAUUCUAAAUUAAACAUAACUAGAUUUUUCUACUUUAUAAGUAGGAGAACAAAGAAACUUUAAAUCUAUGACAAAUACAUACAAAAUGUAUCAAAGUUUGUGUUAUCAUCUAUCAUUCCAAGUGUUAGAAUUUAUUAAAAAUGAUCAAACGUUCUCUAUAAUUGUUCAAUUAUUGAAAGAUCUAAUCUGAUUAUUUUCUUGACUAGAAAUACAGUGUUUUUCAACAAA